AAAGAGAGAGGGAGAGAGAAAAAAGAUUGGCGAGCUAUGAGUUAUUAUAAAAGAAGAGCGUCCCAUUCGAAGAUGAACCAGUGUAUAUCGAUACUCGCGAGACCGCGAACAGCUUACAAUUUAUAACUGCUCUUGGAUACAGAGAAGCGGGAGCACAUGUACCGCGACAAGUAGUCGUAUCGUUUAUAUAUCGAGGAAAAUCAUUGAUAUAAUCGUUUACUGAUUAGAAAAAAAAAAGAAGAAGAACGCAUAGAAACACAAAAGUUUUACAAAGUGUUGAUAUAUAUAUAUUUUUUUUUAUUACAACUGUGUGCCAAUUUCAAUUGUGGUUUUGAUCAUGGCAACCAUGAACUAUUACAUCGUUACAGUUUGCUUUGUGCUAAUUCAUGGCUUGGCACCGACGACGAUGGUUAACGCAAGGUCAUCGAUGCGACAAGAGAAGCAGCAGCACAAUCAGCGAUCGAGUUCGAAUUUCUAUUAUGUCUCGUCUGACCUUUACGAGACUACGUGCGCGAACGAGCAUUGCAACGAAGUCGCCGAGGAGUUUUUAAAAAGCGUGAAGAAAACCGUCGACCCGUGCUCGGACUUUUACGCCUACUCUUGCGCUAGAAAAUCGUCCAAGCUUCGCACGUCUGAUAUUACCGAGAUGAAAGAAAUCUUGGAAUCGCCGCACAGCGAGGAGGAAAUCAAAGCAUUGACGUUGGAGAAAAUCUUUUAUCGCAGCUGCAUGGAGCAAACUGACUCCGAUACUAGGGCCAAGAAAAAACUCAAACAGUUCUUGAAUCUGUCCAACGGCUACAGCCUCUUCAAGCACGGCAAGUACGGCGCCGUCGACUGGCUCACCAUCGACGCGCUUUACGCCCAGCUCGGCUUCGAGCAUGCCUUCUUCAAUGCCCACGUCAUGAAGGACCCUGAGAAUCUCGAAAAUAACAUCAUGGCCCUGACGCCGCCCUCGCCGCUCUUCACCAUUACCAUUCACUCGCUGCUGAAGAAUCGCAAUUUCAGCGAGAUGAUCAUGAAUCUGCUGGACAAAAAUCAUAAAGGCAACCUCGAGGACUUUAACGACGUCAUUGCGUUCAACAACGAGCUUCACGGAAUUUUGCCGGCUCUUGCCCAGUUCGAGGAGAGCAUCAAAACUAUGAUCGAGAAUAAGAUGUACAUCGAGAACUGGCAAAGAUCUUACGACUCGAGCGCCGAGUUGCAGGACGAUGGAAAGACCAAUCACAUCGACUGGUUGAGGGUACUAAACAAAUUUACCAAAUCAGCCAGAGUUCACAUGCACAAAUCUGACAAAAUCAUAGUGAGGAACGUCGCCUACUUCCACAAGCUCGCGGGGCUUUUGGAAAAAACGCCUGCCUCCGUUUUGGAAAAAUACAUCCACAUCAAGUUCAUUGCUCAAGUUGGCAAAUACCUCAGUCCCAGUCUGGCCAAAUUUUUCGAGAACUUCAAAAACAGAUCGAAAUUCUGCAUCAGGCAAGCCGAAAAUCGCCUCGUAGGCGCCAACUACGAGUUCAUCAAGAGACAUGUGCCGAAAGAUCGUAAAGCUCUCGCCGAGGAAAUAGCCGUGAACGUGAAAAAGUCGCUGAUUCAAUUGAUAUCGCGAGCCGACUGGAUGGACCAACCAACCAAGACUCACGCCGUUGAUAAACUCCAUAAACUUCAAAUCAUCAUGGGAUACCCAGAUUGGCAGUUGGAUACUGAUUUCGUUAACAAUUAUUAUGGAAAUCUUCAUUUGGGAUCAAACUUCUUCGACAACGUCAUCAAGUACAAAAGACAGGCUCUUUUGCACGAAGUGCAAGGCUUGAGAAAUCCUAAAAAGUUUGACCCUGCUACGAUGUCGAAAAAUCACGCUCCAUUGGUACAUCAUUUCGAAAUCAACACCCACCUCAAUCUUGUCUACUUACCCACUGCAUAUCUUCAUCAAAAGAAAAACAAAUUUUUGGGCAGUCAAUUGCCGAACUCGAUCAAUUACGGCAGUUUCGGCUCGAUGAUCGGCGCCAUCCUCUACGACUUCGCCAGUCUCACCGACACGCUCAAGUACAAUCUGUAUCUGCGCACCGUCGAGGGCCUGACCAAGCAGACGAUCGACGCCUACCGCGUCAAAGAGAAGUGCCUGUCCAAUCAGCUGACCGAUUACAAAAAGUCCGAUCGCGGCUACAAUCCCUUGUCCGACAUUAUCGGUCAGGACACGGUGCAGGUGGACAAGAUCUACGAGAAACAGACGGGUCUGAGGGCGGCCUUCGAGGCCUUCAGCGAGAGCUUGGCCAGUGGCGACAAGACGGAGCAACUGCUGCCCGGAUUCGAGAAAGUCAAUCCACAUCAGCUUUUCUACUUGGCCUACGCCGAGAGGAUAUGUGGCAUCGGCGACGUUUACGACAGCUACGAUGGCUACGAGACGUCGUCCAAGAUCAACGGAGUCAUGACGAAUCUGCAGCUGUUCAGCGACGUCUACCAAUGUCCCAGAGACAGUCCGAUGAAUCGACUCGAGAAGUGCGAGCUGUUCACGUGACAUGCCUAGACCAUCUCGAUAGACUAUAAUAGUAAAUAUAAAUAGAUAGAGCUUCCAUUACAUGACGUAACACGUUAAGAGAAUAGACUUUUGAAAUGGUCGCCUCAAGUGUUAGUUUAGCCAAUAUGUUUUUGUUAUUUUUUAUUCGACGUUUUUAGUUUUAUAUGUUUAAAACAAUAUCGACUAACGAAAGAAAGUAUUUUUUAUGUAUAUCGAACUAAUAAUUUUUAAUAGUUCCUAAACAUGUACAUUUUGUAUUAGCAUUAAUAGUUUGUAACUUGCGUCAGAAUCGUUGCGCAGUUUAGAACAACGAUGUAAAAAAAAAAAAUGAAGAAGAAGGAGGAAAUGACAAAGGAGUCAAGCGAUUGAUUUCUUAGCAAUAGUAGUUCAAUGCAUUCAAGUCGAAAGAAAAGAAAAGAGAGAGAGAGAAGUAAAGAUAUAUGUAAAUAAAUAUGCUAUAUGCGUUGUUGAUAUUGUGACGCAUAUGAUAAUGGACAGCGCGUGUGCUGUUCGACCAAUGUGACUUUGUGUAUCACGUACUAUAUAGAAAUCCAAAGAUCGGAUCAGAAAUUUGAUCAGAUUAAUAAUUAUUUAAUUAAGACAUGUACUUAAAGACUGUUAUAGUAUAAGUACAUUUUUGCAUGUAGACCGUUAUUGUUUACUUGGGUGGAUUAUGAUUCACGCAUUCUGUAUUUCGUAGAAAAAUAUUUAUGAAAAAAUUUCGAAAGAGAAAAAAAAAUUGUUAUUAAAAUCUAUGAAAAUGAAAAGCAA